CAUCCCCCAUCCUCGUUGUCGUAGUUGACACUCCGCUCUAGACAAGAAACAACAUCUUCUGCAAAGCAAACCACCGCCAUCAUUCAGUUCUCUCAGCUUCUCAGCUCAUUUCUCUUUGUGUCCAACCUCACAACCUUCAACUCCUCCCUCAACCAAAACAACAACACCACAACAAACGUCACAAUGGCCGCCAAGCUCUCCGCCGAUCUUCUCUUCCAGAUGGCCAAGGUCCGUCGCUCCAUCUACACCCUCAACAAGGACCUCCCCAUCUCGACCUCGCGCAUCCACGAGAUCGUCAAGGACGCCACCCUGCACACUCCCUCGUCCUUCAACUCCCAGACCAACCGCGCCGUCGUCCUCUUUGGCGGCGAGCACGAGAAGCUGUGGGACCUCACCUCGGAGACGCUCAAAGGCAUCGUCCCCGCCGAGAACUUCAAGGCCACCGCCGACAAGCUGGCGCUCUUCAAGGGCGCCGCCGGCACGGUGCUCUUCUUCGAGGACACCUCCGCCACAAAGGCCCUGCAGGACAAGUUCGCCCUGUACGCCGACCGCUUCCCUACCUGGGCCGUCCACUCGCUGGGCAUGGAGCAGCUGCUUGUCUGGACUGCGCUGGAGCUCGAAGGCCUGGGCGCCAACCUGCAGCACUACAACCCUCUGAUUGACGACAAGGUUGCUGCCGCCUGGAAGAUCCCCGCCACUUGGAGACUGGAUGCUCAGCUUGUCUUUGGUGGCAAGUCUGGCGAGGCUGGCCCCAAGGAGUUCCAGGACAUUGACGAGCGUGUCAAGGUCUAUGGUGCUUAAGCGCAAGGGAGAAACGAUGAGGAUAAUGAAAUUUUUGGGAAUGAAAAUGGAUAGCAAUGCAUAAGCUGGAGUUUUUCUUUUGAUUGAGCUUAUCAUAUAGAUAGAUACCUAUAGAUAUACAAUUCAAAUUUUUGAUAAAAAUGAUGA